AUGGUGCGCAGACUCUCCGUGUCGUUGCUGGCCGCAGUUGCUGUGGCGGGAAUCGACAGCUCUGGAGAGCAGUGCUCUUCUUCUCCAAGGAGUGAGAAGACGGAGCAGUGGUGCGUGCAAAGCUGCAAGCAGCUCCUGGCGUUCCUGCGUUCGCGCAUGGAGUAUGAGAACAUCGACUUCAAAGUGCUGCGGGCGGCCGAUAAGAUGAACACCUGGCACAGCUGCCAAAGUGCCUUCCGUGGGAUCGUCUGGGCCCGCUUAGCGAGCGAAGUCAAAAAGCUUCCGCAGACUCUCGAGAGCCAGUACCGGGUGAAACAAAUUGUGGCGAUGGCAGAUCGAUUUUCCGUGGAGUUCUUCGUCCUCAAGAACAUGACAG